ACCUACGCGUCGAAUAUUACCACCCACCACCAUGGUUCGCUCUUCGACCCUCUUCGCCGCCGCGGCCGCGCUGGCCCUCAAUGCACACGCCGAGAGCAUGUAUCCCAAGAACAGUGCCGUCAUUCAGAUCACUGGCAUGGACUAUGAUCGCGUUAUUGCAAAGUCAAACUACACCUCGAUUGUAGAAUUCUAUGCGCCAUGGUGUGGUCACUGCAAGAACCUUAAGCCCGCCUACGAAGCCGCCGCCAAAUCUCUCAACGGUAUCGCCAAGGUUGCUGCAGUGAACUGCGAUGAGGAGAUGAACAAACCCUUCUGUGGGCAGAUGGGUGUUCAGGGUUUCCCUACCCUCAAGCUCGUCCGACCUAGCAAGAAGCCAGGCAAGCCUACAGUUGAGGACUAUCAGGGCCCACGUACCGCCAAGGGCAUUGUGGACGCUGUCAAGGACAAGGUGCCCAACAUGGUCAAGAGAGUCAACGACAAGAACCUGGAUGAGUGGCUGCAGGAGAACAAGGACACCGCCAAGGCUAUCCUGUUCAGUGAAAAGGGCAUCGUCAGCGCUACAAUGAGAGCACUAGCGAUUGAUUUCGCUGGGCUCAUCUCUGUCGCCCAAGUCAAGAAGUCGGAGAAGGCAGCAGUUGAAAAGUACGGCAUCACCGAAUUCCCAACCCUGAUCCUUAUUCCCGCCGGCUCAGACACACCCAUCAAGCAUGAGGGCAAGGCCGACAAGGAAUCCAUGGUCAAGUUCCUUUCCCAAGUCGCUCCACCAAACCCCGACUGUCCGCCCCCGAAGGCAAAGAAAUCCAAGCCGAAAAAGGAUACCAAGAAGGAGUCCAAGUCCUCAAGCAAGUUCGCCAAGGCCUCUGCUUCCCACAAGUCAGCAGACAAGUCUUCAGCCGCCGCAUCAGCCACUGAUGAGACUGUCGAGGAGCCUGUCGUUCCUACCGAAUCGCCUGACCCGAACGUCAAAGACGAGACCACGUCUGAGCCGAUUGUCCUUCCCGAAGAGGAACUCAAGCCUACCAUACCUCUUCUUUCCGAAUCGGCCGAACUCCAGUCUACGUGCUUGAAUGAGCAGAGCAAGACUUGCAUCUUGGCCCUCUUGCCCAAGGACGAAGCCUCGGAAGCUGCCACCACUGCUGUCGCAUCUCUCGCCUCCAUCCACAAGAAGUACGAUGCUUCGGGCAGUCAUCUAUUCCCCUUCUUCAGUGUUCCAUCGACAAAUCCUCUUGCAGCAAGCCUGCUCACAGAACUGAGUCUUGGAAGUGCAGACCAGGUUCACCUGAUUGCCACCAACGGCAAGCGAGCUUGGUACAAGAAGUACUCCGGCAGCGCCUUUGGCCUCGAGGAUGUCGAGCAAUGGGUCGAUUCUAUUCGCAUGGGUGAGGGUAAGAAGGAGAAGCUACCUGAUUUGCUUCUAGUCGCUGCCGAAAAGCCUGAGGUUAAGCAGGAGAAGGCUGCGGACCCCGAGCAGGUCAAGAUCAAUGUUGAGGAAGUCAAGGAUGACGCUUCGCCCGAACACAGUGAGCUAUAGAUAGAGCUCAUGGAGCUUUCAGUAGCUUCCAUAGACGAUCUUGUAAACUGAAUACAUGACUUGUUGAUGCUUGUA